AUGGCUGCUUUGAGGCGCGAAGGAAGGCGUUUCGCUGCCCCUCUCAUCUCCCCACAACCUCUCAACCCCGUCCGUUCCUCAAUCUCCUCUGCUGAGGAUCAGGCUUUUAUGGGGGUUCGUUCUAUUUCAACUCAAAUUGUCCGUAACCGUAUGAAGAGUGUUAAGAAUAUUCAGAAAAUUACGAAGGCAAUGAAGAUGGUUGCCGCAUCAAAGCUACGAGCAAUCCAGACUAAAGCUGAAAAUUCACGUGGCCUAUGGCAGCCAUUCACUGCUCUUCUUGGUGACACUCCAAGUAUUGAUGUCAAGAAGAAUGUUAUCGUUACAAUUUCUUCCGAUAAAGGUCUUUGUGGUGGGAUUAAUUCUACAUCUGUCAAGAUAAGCAGGGCUCUUCAUAAAUUAAAUUCUGGUCCUGAAAAGGAAAAUAAAUAUGUCAUUUUGGGAGAGAAGGCCAAAGCCCAACUUGUGCGUGAUUCCAAGAAAGACAUCGAGUUAUGCAUAACUGAGUUGCAGAAGAAUCCCCUGAACUAUACUCAGGUUUCUGUGCUUGCAGAUGACAUCUUAAAGAAUGUUGAGUAUGACGCAUUGAGGAUUGUAUUCAACAAGUUCCAAUCAGUUGUGUCAUUUGUGCCAACAGCAGCAACUGUAUUAUCUCCUGAGGUUGUGGAGAGAGAAGCUGAAGCUGGGGGAAAACUUGGAGAGUUGGAUAAUUAUGAAAUUGAGGGUGGCGAAACGAAGUCAGAAGUACUUCAGAAUCUAACAGAAUUCCAGUUUUCCUGUGUUGUGUUCAAUGCGGUCCUAGAAAAUGCUUGCAGCGAACAAGGAGCUAGGAUGUCUGCAAUGGACAGCUCAAGCAGAAAUGCUGGAGACAUGCUUGAUCGCCUCACACUCACUUAUAACAGAACCCGUCAAGCAUCUAUUACUACAGAAUUGAUAGAGAUUAUUUCUGGAGCAUCAGCACUUACGGGCUAA